UUCGCUGUCAAAGAACAGCAGCCUUGGGCGCGUUCGUGGAGGACUCGGGGCGCUCCGGGAGGAAAGCGAGCAGGCGUAGGGGGACCUAGAACGGCAGCAUGAGCCCUCGGGGACCCGCUUUCGAGCUCGGGAUCUGAGCUGCAGCCCCCAAUCCCUGUUCGCCAUUGUGAGCUGCCGCCAGGGAAGCGCGCCCGGCCCGCCGCCUCCCCGGGUCCGCGCCGCGAUGGGGCACCUGCCCAAGAAGACUCGCCGCUGCCUCCUGUCGCUGCUGGGACUCUUUGUGCUGCUCGAGAAUGCUGCAACAUUCCAAGUAACUGUUCAAGAUGACAAUAACAUCGUAGUCUCUUUAGAAGCUUCUGAUGUCAUGAACCCAUCUUCUGUAUAUGUUGUGAAGAUAGCUGGUGAAUCAAAAAAUUACUUCUUUGAAUUUGAGGAAUUCAACAGAACUUUGCCUCCUCCUGUUAUUUUUAAGGCCAAUUAUCAUGGCCUUUAUUAUAUCAUCACUCUGGUCGUGGUAAAUGGAAAUGUGGUCGCCAAGCCAUCUCGAUCCAUCACUGUGCUGACAAAACCUCUACCUGUAACCAGUGUUUCAAUAUAUGACUAUAAACCUUCUCCUGAAACAGGAGUUCUGUUUGAAAUUCAUUAUCCAGAAAAAUAUAAUGUUUUCACAAGAGUAAACAUAAGCUAUUGGGAAGGUAAAGACUUUCGAACAAUGCUAUAUAAAGAUUUCCUUAAGGGAAAAACUGUAUUUAACCAUUGGCUUCCAGGAAUAUGCUACAGUAAUAUUACUUUUCAGCUGGUAUCUGAGGCAACUUUUAAUAAAAGUACUCUUGUAGAAUAUAGUGGUGUCAGUCAUCAACCCAAACAACAUAGAACUGCCCCUUACCCCCCUCGAAAUAUCUCUGUUCAUAUUGUAAACCUGAACAAAAACAAUUGGGAAGAACAGAGUGGCAGUUUCCCAGAGGAAUCAUUCAUGAGAGCUCAAGAUACCACGGAGAAAAACAAAGUGUUUCAUUUUACUCAUGAGAUUCCUGAAAUUCCUUCUGGCAACAUUUCUUCUGGUUGGUCUCAAGUUAACAACAGUGAUGAUGAAAGCACAUCACAGCCAUACUGGUGGGAUGGGGCCUCCGCAGCUCCGGACGGUGAUGAGGACUUUGUCAGUGUGCUCCCCACAGAAUAUGAAAAUAACAGGACAUUGAGCAGGACUAAAAAAGCCACACCCAGCUCAACAUCUUUCUUCCCUGUACAAAUGGUCCUGAGUUGGCUCCCACCAAAGCCACCUACUGCUUUUGAUGGGUUUCAUAUCCACAUAGAAAGAGAAGACAACUUCACUGAAUAUUUGACUGUGGAUGAAGAAACACAUGAAUUUGCUACAGAACUGAAGGAGCCUGGAAAAUACAAAUUAUCUGUAACUACUGUUAGUUCCUCGGGAUCCUGUGAAACUCGAAAAAGCCAGUCAGCAAAAUCUCUCAGUUUUUAUAUCAGUCCUGCAGGAGAAUGGAUGGAAGAACUGACUGAGAAACCCCAGCAGGUAAAUGUGCAUGUCCUGAGCCCCACCACGGCUCUGCUCUCCUGGACAUCUUCCCAGGAGAACUCCAAUGGCACUCUUGUGUCAGUAGUGUCCCUCACCUGCCAGAAGCAGAAGGAGAGCCAGAGGCUGGAAAAGCAAUACUGUACACAGGUGAACUCAAGCAAACCUAUAAUUGAAAAUCUGGUUCCUGGGGCCCAGUACCAGGUUGUGAUGUACUUCAGGAAAGGCCCUUUGAUUGGACCACCUUCAGAUCCUGUGACAUUUGCCAUUGUUCCGACUGGAAUAAAGGAUUUAAUGCUCUAUCCACUGGGUCCUACAGCAGUAGUUUUGAGUUGGACCAGACCUUACUUAGGAGUGUUCCGGAAAUAUGUGGUAGAGAUGUUUUAUUUCAACCCAGCAACCAUGACUUCUGAAUGGACAACCUACUAUGAAAUAGCAGCAACGGUUUCCUUAACUGCCUCAGUGAGAAUCACUAAUCUAUUGCCUGCGUGGUACUACAACUUCCGAGUUACCAUGGUGACAUGGGGAGACCCAGAACUGAGCUGCUGUGACAGCUCCACCAUCAGCUAUAUAACAGCUCCUGUUGCUCCAGAAAUCACUUCUGUGGAAUAUUUUAACAGUCUGCUUUAUGUCAGUUGGACAUAUGGCGAUGACACAACUGAUCUCUCCCAUUCUAGAAUGUUGCACUGGGUGGUCAUUGCUGAAGGAAAGAAGAAAAUUAAAAAGAGUAUAACACGCAAUGUCAUGACUGCAAUUCUCAGCUUGCCUCCAGGAGAUAUCUACAACCUCUCAGUAACUGCUUGCACAGAAAGGGGCAGUAAUAAAUCUCUACCCCACCUUGUCAAACUAGAACCAGCUCCUCCAAAAUCACUUUUUGCUGUGAACAAAACCCAGACGUCAGUGACUCUGCUGUGGGUGGAACAGGGGGUGGCUGACUUCUUCGAAGUCUUCUGUCAGCAAGUUGGCUCUGGUCAGGAAACAAAACUCCAGGAACCAGUUUCCGUGUCUUCUCACAUUGUGACUAUCUCCAGCCUCCAGCCUGCCACUACCUACAACUGCAGCGUCACCAGCUUUAGCCACGACAGUUCCAGUGUUCCCAUGUUCAUAGCCGUCUCAACAAUGGUUCCAGAGAUGAAUCCCAAUGUGGUGGUCAUCUCCGUGCUUGCCAUUCUUAGCACACUGCUGAUUGGACUGCUGCUUGUCACCCUUAUCAUUCUUAGGAAAAAACAUCUGCAAAUGGCUAGAGAGUGUGGAGCUGGAACUUUUGUCAAUUUUGCAUCAUUAGAGAGAGAUGGCAAGCUACCAUACAACUGGCGUAGGAGUAUAUUUGCUUUCUUAACCCUGCUACCCUCAUGUCUUUGGACUGAUUAUCUUUUGGCAUUUUAUAUUAAUCCUUGGAGUAAAAAUGGUUUAAAGAAGAGGAAACUGACUAACCCAGUUCAACUAGAUGACUUUGACACCUACAUCAAGGAUAUGGCCAAAGAUUCUGACUAUAAGUUUUCUCUUCAGUUUGAGGAGCUGAAACUUAUUGGACUAGAUAUAUCACACUUUGCCGCAGAUCUCCCUCUGAACCGCUGUAAAAAUCGCUAUACCAACAUCCUACCAUAUGACUUUAGCAGAGUGAGAUUAGUCUGCAUGAACGAGGAAGAAGGUGCAGACUACAUUAAUGCCAACUAUAUUCCUGGCUACAAUUCUCCACAGGAGUACAUCGCCACCCAGGGGCCACUACCUGAAACUAGAAAUGACUUCUGGAAGAUGGUCCUGCAGCAGAAGGUCCAGAUUAUUGUCAUGCUCACUCAGUGCAAUGAGAAGAGGCGGGUGAAAUGUGAUCACUACUGGCCUUUCACGGAGGAGCCUGUUGCCUAUGGAGACAUCACAGUGGAGAUGGUCUCAGAGAACGAGCAGGAAGACUGGGCUUGCAGACAUUUCCGGAUAAAUUAUGCCGAUGAGAUGCAGGAUGUGAUGCAUUUUAACUACACAGCAUGGCCUGACCAUGGAGUGCCCACUGCAAACGCUGCAGAAAGUAUCCUGCAAUUUGUACAUGUAGUUCGACAGCAAGCCACCAAGAGCAAAGGCUCCAUGAUCGUGCACUGCAGUGCUGGAGUUGGACGGACAGGAACUUUCAUUGCCUUGGAUCGACUCUUGCAGCAUAUUCGGGAUCACGAGUUUGUGGACAUCUUAGGGCUGGUGUCAGAAAUGCGGUCAUAUCGGAUGUCAAUGGUACAGACAGAGGAACAGUACAUUUUCAUCCAUCAGUGUGUGCAGCUCAUGUGGAUGAAGAAGAAGCAGCAGUUCUGCAUCAGCGAUGUCAUCUAUGAAAAUGUGAGCAAGUCCUAGUUCAACACUCAAGCAGACAGAAAAUGAUGUAUAUUCAUCCUCCUUCACUUCCAGAGUUUUGAGGGCUCUAGCCAUUUACCAAAACAGAGCCCCUGCUUUAUAGUUCAUGGUCAAGGGGAUAAUUUCUCUCACUGAAGCACCAGGAAGACUUAGCCUUAAAGAGCCUACAAGUGUCUUUUGGACUUUUCACUUCUGGACAUUGAAAAAGGGACCAAGCAACUGAACAGCAGAAAGGUCCAGAUGCUCUGAAAAGGAUACAGUCGCAGUAUUCCUGAAGUUUCCUUUUGCCAAACUGGUUGGGCAGUUUUCUUGUUAAGUGCAAUAAUCUUUGUAUUGUGUGAUUUUAUCAGAAAGUUGGAUUGUCUUCUGCUCACACAACUGCUCAAGUCCAGAGCCUAGAAAGGAACAUGAAUUGUUGGUGUCCAGCUGUACCUCACAUUAAGAAGAGGCAUGGCCAUUGGGAGGAGACAGGAAUUCUUCCUCAAGGCAAUCAGUGGUAUUCCCUACACAGCUCUGAGCUGCUGGAGUAGAUGUGGGGAGAAAUGGAGGAGUUUCUAUCCACAGAUCAGCUGUGGUUCUUUUCCAAAUAUGAAAAGCUGCAAUUCAGCUUCACAGUAGAAUAGAAAAAAAAUUCAUGUCUUACCUGUUCUAGUCCUUGAUGGGUUUCUUCUUUAUUAAUGGUUAAGUGAUAUUUUUUCCCCUGGGCAUUCCUUCUACUGGUUUCACUGCACUGGUUUAUUUUUCUCCUUUUCUUCCUUUUUCUUUUUCAGUAAACCAGAUCUAGUUCAAGGAAGUCUGACUCUUUAGAACCUGCUGUUCUUUGGGCAAUGUUGGUGCCUAGAUUCUGCCUUCCUUUUUUUUUUUUUUUUUUUUUUUUUGGUCGACAUGCACAGGGGGAAGCUAUUUCUUCGAAAACUAUAGGCUGUGAAAAUGCACUUUUGCCCCCACAUGCUAAAAGGUUAGGAAGUCAUGGCGAUGAACUGCAGCAUGCUAAGACAAUUCCUUGGCUACAUUGUGGGUGGGGUGGGGUGGGGUGGUUAGAUUGUCAAGCAUCUCUUUGGAUUCCUACUGACAUUUUGGUUUGUUUUCUUUUGGGCUGUUACUUUCCAUUUUGAAACCCGUGUAACUAGGAACCUUUCUUUCUUUGGAUUUUGUAUAACAGUACCUAAUUGCGUGUGUGACAUGAUGGCUGUCAAAGUGGACAUGAUGACCCCCUGGGAACUGUUACCAUGUGUCACUUCCGAAGAAAUAAGAGGUGAUGCUACAGGUUGGCCAAGGACAACCUGCUGAGUUGAAAUAAAUACAAGCUGGCUGCUUCACUGUGAA